AUGAGGGAUUAUUUAGUUAAAUAUAACAAAUAUUUAAAGUAUGAUAUCUCUUUAAUUAUAGAAAAUGAGGAUGAAAAAAACAAAAAUUUAAAAGAUGAAAAGAAUAUGAAAGAUAAAAAUAUUGUAAGAGUUAUUGAAGAAAUAAGAAAGAAUUUAAAAUCUAACAUACUAUAUAAAAAUGACAAUAAAAAUGUUUUUUUCAAUGAUCCUAUUUAUCAAUUUUUCCCUAGUAAAUGUACAAAAGAAAAAAAUGUAGAAAGUAUUUCUUAUGUUUCUAGAGUUGCAAAUGAAGAGGAUACAUUAAUAUGUCUUAGAAAAAUUUAUGAAGUUAUUGCUAAUAUGUAUGCAGAAAAUUUUGUCAUAAAAAAAGAAUUUUUAGAUGAUUUACUGAAUAUUUUCAUGGAACUAUGCAGACAGGUUUCAGUUAUGUGCUUUCAAAGAGGAUUUCUUUUAAAAAAGUUAUUUAACUAUAAUGUUAUGUUACUAAAUCAAUAUCAUAAAUUAGUCAAAUCAUCUCUAGUAUUUAAUAUAAAGAAGCAAAUAAAGCAGAAUGAAAUAUUAAGCAAUUUAAACAAUGAAAUAGAAAUAAAAAGAAAUGCAAUUAAUUCAUUAAAAAUUAAAAUAAUAAAUACGGAAGAAAUGAUUGAAAAUGAAACAAUAAAUGCAGAAAAGGAACUAUCUGAAGUAAAUAUGAUAUAUCAAAAUAAAAUAGAUAAGUUGAAAAAAAAUAAUCAAAGAAAUAAGGAUGAAUUUACAAGAAUACUACAGUUAUAA